GCUACGAGCGGCGGCAAAUAUAAGGGUGCAGCCUCAACCAAGCGUAUCCAAUCGCGGUCAUCCAAGGCCGGGCUUCAAUUCCCCGUCGGUCGCGUGCACCGGUACCUGAAGCUUCAAACUAAGAGCGCGUCACGUGUAGGAGCCAAGGCAGCAGUUUACACGGCAGCGGUGCUGGAAUACCUUGUGGCAGAGGUUUUGGAACUGGCGGGUAAUGCGGCGCGGGACCUGAAAUCAAAGAGAAUAUCGCCUAGGCAUUUGCAGCUGGCUAUCAGAGGUGAUGAUGAGUUGGACUUGCUGGUGAAGGCUACGAUUGCUGGCGGUGGCGUUAUUCCGCAUAUUCACAAGCAGCUGUUGGAG